GUCGAGCAGUUUUUUGCUAGCCACUUCCGCUUGUCAAUUUUGGCAACUUCCGUGGCCACUGCAGCAACUACUUUGUGGCAACUUUUAGCUUUCGUUAACGACUGUGGGGGCAUGGAUAGACUAAAUGUGCCCCCUCCGGGCCCCAUGGAUCUGCCCAUGUCCCUGCUGGAGAUGGGAUGCUCUGGCAGGUUUGAGCUUAUCACACACCCCGUGCCCGGCCAGUCUUUACCUCCACAUAGCACGCUCCCUCACGGGCUUCCUCCCACAAACCUGAACCUGGAGACAGAAGUAGAGAAACAGUUUUUAAGAGACCCUGCAUGGCUUCCUAUACACGACAAAGACUUUGCCUUCCAGAAGUUUCUCAAGGUGACCCAGAGGAAGGUUGACGUUGACUCUCUGCUCAACUGUUGUCCAUCUCCGCUUCACUCGGGACUGUCUGUUGUCAGAGAUCCAACCACAGGAAUGCUGCUGGACUUCACUGAGGUGUUACUGGAGAACACCGGCCUGUCUGCAAAGAACUCGCUGUCAUUGCAGCGCCAGCCUGGGCCUCCUUCUGAAAGCCUUCGAGGAAGCAACACCAACUACCCGUUCCUCCCCGGAGGAAUGGAGGAACUGACGCUUGAACAAAUCAAGAAGAAAUCUGAGCUGGAGGAGGAAAUUGACUUUGAGAGUGCUUUACUGAAGGUGGCCCCUGGACUGAAAGCUGGGAUGGACUUUACUGACAAAGAUGCCAAAAUAGCGAAGCCAGAGGUCAACCUCAUGUCGCUCCUGUCUACCGUGGAAGGCAUUAGUGGUUUGCAGCUUGAGGAGAAGGAGAAAGACAAAGAAAGUGAAGAUGCCCCCAAACUACCACGAACAAACAGUCUUGAAGACCUGGGCAUCAAGGAUGCUGCGUCAUCCUCGUCUCCUCCAGAGAAAGGAAAAGAAGAGAAAUCAAAGCUAAAAGAGAACACAGAGGAAAACAAGAAAUGGGCCAUUCCUGUGAAUAUAACAUCACCCUGCGAUGACUUCCACAAACGCAUCCCAAACCCAGCUUUCAAGUGGCCUUUUGAGCUCGAUGUUUUCCAGAAGCAGGCCGUGCUGAGGCUGGAAGCUCACGACUCCGUGUUUGUGGCCGCGCACACGUCUGCUGGAAAAACAGUGGUGGCCGAGUACGCCAUCGCUCUCUCACAGAAACACAUGACGAGGACCAUCUACACAUCUCCUAUCAAGGCUCUGUCCAAUCAGAAGUUCAGAGACUUUAAAAACACAUUUGGGGACGUUGGACUCCUUACGGGCGACGUCCAGCUCAGUCCUGAGUCGUCCUGCCUCAUCAUGACCACUGAGAUCCUCAGGUCUAUGCUUUACAACGGUUCAGAGGUCAUCAGGGACUUGGAGUGGGUGAUCUUCGACGAGGUUCACUACAUCAACGACGCUGAGAGAGGGGUUGUGUGGGAGGAGGUUCUGAUUAUGCUUCCCGAUCACGUCAGUAUCAUUCUCCUCAGCGCCACAGUGCCAAACGCUCUGGAGUUCAGUGAGUGGAUCGGUCGUAUUAAGAAGAGGCACAUUUAUGUGAUCAGCACACUAAAGAGACCCGUGCCCUUGGAGCAUUAUCUGUACACGGGGAACAGCACCAAGACUCAGAAAGAGAUGUUCCUGCUGGUGGAUGCUACAGGAAACUUCCUCACUAAAGGAUACUACGCAGCCGUUGAUGCUAAGAAGGAGCGCACCAGCAAACAUGCUCAGUCAUUUGGCACAAAAAACACCUCUCAAAACACCACCGCUAGUCAGGACCGAUCAGUGUGGCUCACCCUGCUGCACUUCCUGUCCCAGCGGCAGCAGACCCCGGUGGUUGCGUUCACCUUUUCUCGAACACGCUGUGACGAGAACGCCCGCUCGCUGGACUCCAUGGACCUAACCACCUCCAUAGAGAAGGCGGAAAUUCACUCUUUCUUCCAGAAAAGUCUCACUCGCCUCCGAGGAGCAGACCGGCAGCUGCCUCAGAUCUUGCUCAUGAGAGACCUGUUGAAGAGAGGAAUCGCAGUCCAUCACAGCGGGAUCCUGCCAAUCCUGAAGGAGGUCAUUGAGAUGCUUUUUUCCAGAGGCCUCGUAAAGGUGCUGUUUGCCACCGAGACCUUUGCGAUGGGAGUGAACAUGCCCGCCAGGACCGUGGUGUUCGACAGCAUCAGGAAACAUGAUGGAACCGGCUUCCGAAAUCUGCUGCCAGGUGAGUAUAUUCAGAUGGCGGGCAGAGCGGGCCGGAGAGGUUUGGACGCCACGGGCACUGUGAUCAUUCUGUGUAAAGCCGGCGUUCACGAGAUGGCGGAUCUGCACGUCAUGAUGCUGGGUAAGCCCACCCUUCUCCAGUCCCAGUUCAGACUGACUUACACCAUGAUCCUCAACCUGCUGCGAGUCGAAGCCCUCCGUGUGACCGACAUGAUGAGGAGGAGCUUCUCUGAAAGCCACAGAGAUACUCAGACCCACGAGAAGAGGAUCAGCCAGCUGAAGCAGAUGUUGUCCGCUGUGCCCUCCGUGGACACAGAGGGCCAGCUCUCUGACCUGUUGCCUUACUACCACACGGUCACCGAGCUGAAGAAAACCACAGAAGCAGUCCAGCACGCUAUUCUGGAGUCUGUGAAUGGGCUCAAGGCUCUCUCAGUGGGUCGAGUCAUUGUAGUUAACAACAAACAGCAUCUCAACGCCUUAGGAGUUAUCCUACAGGUGUCCAGUGCCUCUGUGAACCGCACCUUCACAGCCCUCAUCAUCUGUGAGAAGGGCAACGAGGAAGGAAAAGGCAACGACAACGCCGCUCUGCCUCACCUCCACAACACGUCUCUCUUCAUACCUGAAGGCCCCUGCAGCCACACGGUGCAGAAGUUGAAGCUUCAGGACAUCUCAGCCAUCACGGUGAAAACCCUCAAAGUGAUUCCAGAAAGGAUCAUCGAUAAUUACAACAAGAGGCAACAGCCACGAUUCAAGCUUGACCCUCCUGGUCAAGCCAUCUCCACGGCGACACAGGAGCUGCUUCGAUUGGCAGAGGCUAACCCUGGUGGCAUAGCAACCCUUGACCCCGUCAAUGACCUCCAGCUGAAGAGCGUUGAUGUGGUGGAGGCCAACAUGAGGCUCCGUGUGCUGCAAGACAGCCUCAGAGAUUUCAACUGCAUCCACUCACCCAUGUUCGCAGAGCAGUUUGCUCGGAUUAAGGAGAGGAUGAGCCUGCAGGAAGAGCUGGACCAGCUCCUCUUCCUUGUGUCGGACCAGUCUCUGACUCUGCUGCCAGAAUACCACCAGAGGAUCAAGGUCCUUCAGUCCCUCCAGUACAUCGACAGCGGCGGGGCAGUGCAGCUGAAAGGCCGCGUAGCCUGUCAGAUCAGCAGCCACGAGCUGCUGCUGACGGAGCUUCUGUUCGAGAACGUCCUGAGCCCGCUGGCGCCCGAGGAGAGCGCCGCCCUGCUGUCCUGUCUGGUCUUCACUCAGAACACCCAAGUGGAGCCGCACAUCACCAACACGCUGCAGGAGGGCAUCGAGCAGGUGAAGUCGGUGGCUCAGCGCAUCGGAGAACUGCAGCGGGAGUGUGGGAUACCGCAGACGGCUGAGGAGUUUGUAGGCCAGUUCAAGUUUGGCCUCACAGAGGUGGUUUACUGCUGGGCCAGGGGAAUGCCCUUCGCAGAGAUCGCCCAGCUCACGGACGUCCAGGAGGGCACGGUGGUCCGCUGCAUCCAACGCCUGGACGAGGUGCUGAAGGAGGUGAGGCAGGCCGCCCGCAUCGUGGGAGACUCUGUCCUGGGGAGCAAGAUGGAGAAGGCCUCCUUGGCCAUCCGCAGGGACAUUGUCUUCACUGCCUCCCUGUACACCCACUGAAAGGUGGCAGGAGGGGGGAGGUGUGCCUGAAGCCAAGUGCUUUCUUUGAGGUGGAGGGGUGAGGGAGAUGUACAGGGAGGAGAUAAUUGAGGCAAGAGUGUCUUCACAUGUUUGGAGCUGAAUGUGCCUACAAAACAUGUUGAUGUUUACAUAUAAAUUCUUAGCAGGAUGGAGGGACUUGUUUUAAUCAAACAGACCAAAGUGCAGACUGUGAGGUGGGGGUUGGGGGCUGCAUUGUAAUUUAUUGUACAGUAAUAAAAAAAAUCUCUAUUC